GAGUGUUUGUUCGUGCGUGUGUCUCCCAGCGCUUUGAGAGGUUACACAUCAUUUUUCGGUCCGGCUGGAUGUCGUAAGAGCUCGCGGCGGGGCAGGCAGAGCUGGGAGCAACCCCCUGUUAAGUAGCAGAUAGUGUGGUGAGUCUGCCCACUUGGAAAGAGGUUCGCGGACGCGUCUGGGAACCAAAAACCCGCCGAGUUCUCUGACACCGGACCAGCUCAUUGUCCCUUUUCCCAGGCUGGGGGUCUACAACAGAGAUUAAUCACUUGUGUUUUUAUUUUUUCUAACCAAACCAAAGAGUUCCUGCAGUCUCCUCCAUAGCUUCAUUCAUGUGCUGCUGAGCCAGAGGAACUGAAGAUGAAGAGCAGGCUGUGUUUGGCGGCGGCUGCCCUCCUGGCACUGCUGCUGUCCUCCACCCAGGCCCAGGACCAAGUUGACCCCCCAUCAGAUUUGAGGUUUAAGAUUUUAAAUGAGAGCACAGUGCAAAUGAUCUGGAGUAGACCACAGUCGAGGAUACAGGGCUACAGAAUACAAGUGACCUCAGACACAGAAGAACCAGCAAAAGAAUUUACUCUGCCUGCAUCUGCUACUAAGACCUCCAUCUCAGGCCUAAGUCCAGAUGUGGAUUAUGUUGUAACGAUAUCUGCGUACGUAGGAUCAGAAGAGAGUCUGCCCAUGUCCGGCCUGAUCACAAUUGAGUCCAGUGUCAGAGGACCUUCCAGGAAGCCAGACCCUUCAGAUUCUGUCAAAUGCUCUGCCAGUGCCAUCGCUGAUGUGGUGUUCUUGGUGGACGGCUCCUGGAGUGUGGGCAGACUGAACUUCAAACACAUCCGCAACUUUAUCUCUGCGGUGGCCAGCGCCUUUCAGAUCGGUGAGGACAAAGCCCGAGUUGGUGUGGUUCAGUACAGCGGUGACACCCGAACCGAAUUCAACCUGAACGAACACCUGACACGCCCGGCGCUGCUGCGGGCCAUCGGCUCACUGCCGUACAAAGGAGGCAGCACCAUGACAGGUGAUGCCCUGAACUACCUCCUGACAAACACUUUCACUGAGGUGGCCGGUGCCAGGAGGGGUUUUCCCAAAAUGCUGGUGAUCAUCACAGAUGGGAAAUCUGAAGAUCCAGUGGAAAGUUAUGCCAGGCAGCUGAGGAGCAGGGGUGUGGAGAUCUUUGUCCUUGGUUUGCACGAGGCUGAUGAAGAGGAGCUGAAGCUAAUGGCCUCCACCCCUUACACCAGUCACAUCUAUUAUGUUGCCAACUUUGACUUGAUCAAGAAUGUGCAGAAAGAGCUCAUUACCCAGGUGUGUGCUGGCGUUGACGAUCAACUCACCUCACUUGUCAGCGGAGAAGAAGUCAUCGAGCCAGCCUCUGACCUUCGAGUCCUGGAGGUAGCUUCAAAGUCCAUGCGGGUGAGCUGGGACGCCUCCAUCGGGGACAUUUCCGGAUACAAGGUGCAGAUGACCCCCAUGAUGACUGGCAGCAGGCAGCAGGAGCUGUACCUGGUCCCAACUCAGACCUCGGUGGUGGUUAGAGACCUCACCCCAGAUACAGAGUACCAGGUCAGCGUGUUUGCUCUGAAAGGCCUGAUGCCCAGUGAGCCCAUUAUGGUCAUGCAGAAGACGGAGCCAGUUAAAGUGUCAGUGGAAUGCUCUCUUGACGUGGAUGUUCAAGCCGAUGUUGUCCUUCUGGUGGACGGUUCCUACAGCAUUGGUCUGGCCAACUUUGCGAAAGUAAAAGCUUUCCUGGAGGUGCUGGUGAACACUUUUGACAUCGGGCCCAGUAAGGUUCAGAUUAGCUUGGUCCAGUACAGCAGGGAUCCCCACCCUGAGUUCUACCUGAAUACUCACCAUGACCUGAACGCCGUGGUCAAGGCUGUGAGGACGUUCCCAUACAGAGGCGGCUCCACCAACACCGGCAAGGCCAUGGCGUAUGUGAGGGAGAGGAUCUUCCAUACUGCCAGAGGGGCUCGCACCAAUGUUCCCAGGGUUACCAUCCUCAUCACUGAUGGGAAGUCGUCUGACGCCUUCCACGAGCCGGCCACCAGGCUGAGAAAUGCUGACGUUGAGAUUUUCGCAGUGGGCGUUAAAGAUGCUGUACGAAGUGAGCUGGAGGCCAUUGCCAAUACGCCUGUGGAGACCCAUGUGUACACCGUGGAGGACUUUGAUGCCUUCCAGAGGAUUUCCAAAGAACUUACACAGUCCAUCUGCCUGAGGAUUGAGCAGGAACAUCGCAACAUCUUCCAGAGACAGCUGGUCCAACCGAAGGCCCUCUCCUUCUCAGAGAUCAGCCCCAGGAGCUUCAGGGCCUCGUGGGAGAGCGACGCAACCGAUGUUGAGUCCUAUUUGGUUAAGUUCAAGCCAGCUGAUGAGCCCAAUGGACAUUAUGUGUCCAUGUCUGUGCCCAGGGACACCCUCACUGCCCUCCUCCCCAAACUCACCCCUCUCACCCGCUAUGAAGUCAACAUUUACACGCAGUAUGACAAAGGGGAAAGCUUGCCUCUGCAAGGCUAUGAGACCACUUUAGAAGAACAAGGUCCAGUGCGCAACCUGAGGGUGUCAGAAGAGACAACAGACAGCUUCAGAGUAUCAUGGCAGCCAGCUCCAGGAGCUGUCACUCGCUACCGGUUGACCUACAGUCCUGUUGGGGACGAGAGCUCGAGGCUGGAGACUACCACUGUUGGCAGCGAGACCACCAUUGUGCUCCAACAGCUUCAGCCUCAAACCACGUACCGCGUCACGGUCACUCCCGAAUACUGGUCCGGGUCCGGAGAGCCAAUGCAGACCGAUGGCACCACCAAAGAAGGCAGGGGUUCCCCCCGUGACCUGAGAGUUUUUGACCAGACCGUGUCCUCCAUGAGGGUCUCAUGGGAGCCAGCGCCGGGACAUGUGCUCCACUACCGCGUGGCGUACAGUCCCUCUGCUGGUGGCCCCAGGAAGGAAGUGUCAGUAAAGGGUGACAGCACAGCAACUCUCCUCAAGAACCUGCAGCCGGACACCGAGUAUGACAUCUUCGUCAGCGCGCGAUACUCCUCAGGCCUGGGUGACGCACUGGAGGGACAAGGCGCCACUCUAGAAGAUGUGGGCCCUCCUAGAGACCUGGUCACCAGCGAUGUGACCGACACCAGCUUCGCCGUGUCAUGGACACCAGCGCCUGGGAACGUGAGGAUGUACCGGCUCCAGUGGAAGUCACCGUUUUCUGGGGAAGCUGGAGAUAAGUCGUUGCCCGGCGACGUUACCAGCACCGUGCUGGAAGCGCUAACCCCGGAGACACUUUACCGAGUUUCUGUGGUUGCCGUCUAUGGUGACACAAUCAGCGACCCGCUAACCGGACAGGAAACCACCGAUGCCUCCACUGCUGGUAAAAGACUGACUGUGUCAGAUGAGACCGAGCGAACCAUGAAAGUAAAGUGGACGCCGGCGCCAGGCAGAGUGGUCAACUACCGUCUGAAGUAUGUCCCAAGAAAUGGAGGCAAAGAAGUGGCUCUGAAGAUCCCUGGCACGGUGACUUCCACCGUCAUGAAGCGCCUGCAGCCCCUGACCACUUAUAACAUCACCGUUCACCCCAUUUACAAGCACGGGGAAGGAAAAGCAAGGCAAGGAGUAGGAACGACACUGUCACUCUUCAAGGCUCCCAGGAACCUCCACACUUCAGAGCCAACCAAGAACAGUUUCAGGGUCUCCUGGGAUGCGGCACCGGGAGAUGUUAAGGGCUACAAAGUGACCUUUCACCCUGCUGGAGAGGAUGUUGACCUAGAGCAGUUACUUGUUGGACCCUAUGAUAACACAGUUGUUCUAGAGGAACUCAGGGCAGGAACAAAGUACUCAGUGGCUGUGUUUGGGAUGUUUGAUGGAGGGGAGAGUUUGCCUUUGGCAGGAGAAGAGAAAACGACCCUCUCUGAUGCUCCUGAGCUGCCUCCUCUUGACCCUUCUGCCACCGAGUGCAAGACCACAGCGAAGGCCGACAUCGUGCUGCUAGUCGACGGCUCCUGGAGCAUCGGCCGCGUUAACUUCAGAACCAUCCGUAACUUCAUCAGUCGCAUGAUCAGCGUCUUUGACAUUGGCCCGGACAAAGUCCAGAUCGGUCUGACGCAGUACAGUGGAGACCCGAAGACCGAGUGGCACCUCAAUACCCAUUCGACCAAGGCGUCCCUGCUUAAUGCUGUCAACCAGCUGCCAUACAAAGGAGGAAACACCAUGACAGGACUGGCUCUGAGCUACAUCCUCGAGAACAACUUCAAACGUCGCAUGGGAAUGCGAGAUGACUCUCGCAAAAUUGGUGUCCUGAUCACCGACGGAAAGUCCCAGGAUGAAAUUGUCUUGAACUCACAGAGUCUGAAAGACAGCGGCAUCGAACUCUAUGCUAUCGGUAUUAAAAACGCCGAUGAGAACGAGCUGAGGACCAUCGCCUCCGAACCAACUGAAAUUCACAUGUACAAUGUCAACGAAUUCCAGUUCCUGACAGACAUUGUUGACGACCUGACCGACAACCUCUGUAACAGUGUCAAGGGUGCAGAAAUUAAAGCGCAGCCGCCCAAUAACCUGGUGACAUCAGAGGUGACCCACCACUCCUUCCGUGCCAGCUGGACGGCACCCGAAGGCCCCAUUGACGUGUAUCGCGUCACAUACAUGACCAUGGGAGGAGUGCCUAUGGAGCUGAUGGUCGAUGUGACGAUGACCACUACAGUGCUGGAAAACCUGAACCCUCUGACUGAGUACCUCGUCAAUGUUUACUCUGUGGUCGGUGGGGAGAGCAGCGAGCCGCUGAAGGGCACUGAGACCACCUUGCCGCUACCACCAGUGACAAACAUCAAUGUUUACGAUGAGACUGUAACCACCAUGAAGGUGUCAUGGGAGAAGGUGGACGGUGCCACAGGUUACCUGAUGCUCUACAAGUCCAUCAAUGCCACUGAGCCUCAGCUGGAGCAAGAGGUACGAGUUGAUGGAGAUGUAAAUAUUGUCCAGCUGCUGGAUCUGACACCCAACACAGCAUACACCAUCACACUUCACGCCCUGCACGGUGAAGCUGUCAGCGACCCUCUGGAGGGGACAGGAGUCACGUUGCCCGUGCCUCCUGCUGGACUCCUGAGAAUCACUGAUGUUACUCACAGCACCAUGAGGCUGAACUGGGAUGCUGCUCCGGGACCUGUCCGCAAAUACACGAUCACCUACAAAACAAAGCAAGGAGAUAUGAAAGAGAUAUACUCUGACGCUGACAAAACCACCAUGGACCUGAGCAGCCUCACAUCCGAGACUCACUACGAUGUAUCCGUCACCCCGGUGUAUGACGAAGGACCUGGAUCCCCGAUGCUGGGCAGCGCCGUCACAGAUGCUGUUCCUCCACCCAAGAACCUGAGGUUCUCUGAGGUGACCCAGACCUCGUUCAGAGCCUCCUGGGACCACGGAGCCCCAGAUGUGGCCCUCUACCGCCUCGGCUGGACCAAGAGUGGGGAGAGCAACUUCGAGUUUGCUAUCCUGAACAAUGAUGAGAACAGCCAUGUCCUGGAGAACCUGGAGACAGACACUGAGUACACUGUCACCGUCACAGCCAUCUACCCAGAUGAGUCAGAGAGUGAAGACCUGACAGGAAGCGAGCGCACAUUGUUAAAGGAUCUACAGGUGCCCAGUGGGCCUCCUCGAAACCUGAGGAUUUUCAACGCCACCGCCUCCACGCUCCACGUGAAGUGGGACCACGCCCCCGGCCCCGUCCAGAGCUACAACAUCAUCUACAAGCCUGUCGACGGAGGUGAACCCCUCACGACGCAGGUUGGAGGGAGGAAGACCAACACCAUCCUGCAGAAGCUCGAGCCCAACACUCAGUACUCCGUCACUGUGGUGGCGGUGUAUCCCAACGGUGUCAGGAAAGACAUCUCCGGAGAAGGAAAAACCAAGCCUCUGGGUGGAGUAAGGAACCUCCAGGUGUUGAACCCGACCAUGACCACCCUGAAUGUGCGCUGGGAGCCUGCCGAGGGCCGAGUGAAGGAGUACAAAGUCAGCUAUGCUCCUGCUGCUGGAGGACCUGAGAGCAUGGAAACGGUGUCACCGGGUACUACCACCACCACGCUGCGAGGCCUGCAGCCUGACACCCUUUACACCGUCUCCCUGGUGCCGGUCUACGCUGAAGGAGACGGAAGGAAAAUGUCUGAAAAUGGAAAGACAAGACCACUGGGAGGAGUGAGGGGCCUGAGGGUGACUGACCCCACCAUGACCUCUCUGAAUGUGAACUGGGACCCAGCUGACGGUGCUGUUCGCCUCUACAAGGUCUUCUUCGUGCCCACCGCUGGUGGUCGCGAGGACAUGGAGCAAGUUCCUACAGGCACCACCUCCAUCGUCCUCAGGAACCUGACGCCCGACACACUGUACACGGUGUCGGUGUUACCAGUGUACCCUACCAGGGAGGGAAAACGGCAGUCGGAGAACGGAAAGACGUUGCCUUUGGGUGGAGUGGGCACCAUGAAGGUGACCAACCCGACCAUCACUACUCUCACUGUCACCUGGAAUCCUGCUGAUGGCAACGUUCAGGGCUACAAAGUGAUCUACGUUCCUGUAGAUGGAGGCCAGGAAGUGGUGGAGCAAGUGUCAGAGAGUACCACCACAACCGUCCUGGAGAAUCUGCUACCGAACACCCACUACACUGUCACCGUGGUCCCAGUGUACGCCGAGGGAGACGGACCCAGCCUGACUGACAACGGCAAGACGAAGCCGCUGGGUUUUGUGAAGAACCUACAGGUUACCGAUCCCACCACCAGCUCCCUGAAUGUCCGCUGGGAUCCCGCCGAGGGAAAUGUUCGCGAAUACCGGGUGGCUUACUCCUCGCUGACUGGAAACAGACCCACCGAGUCGGUCCUGCUUCCAGGAAAUGUUAACAAUGCCUUCCUGGACAACCUCAUCCCAGACACUCCAUACUCGGUCAGCGUCUCAGCUCUGUACCCCGAUGGAGCGGGACCACCAGUGAAGGGCAAUGGCAAAACAUUGCCCCGUACCGGUCCCAGGAACAUGCGUGUGUAUGAUGCCACCACCAGCACCCUCACCAUCGGCUGGGACCACGCAGAGGGUCCCGUCAGGCAGUACAGGAUCGCCUACGCCCCCAUGACUGGAGACCCCAUCACGGAGUUUACGGUGGUCCCUGGAAACAGAAACAAUGCCAUGCUGCAGCAUCUGCAGCCAGACACGCCGUACAACAUCACUGUAGAGGCUGUCUACGCCGAGGGUCCAGGAGGGUCUCUCAAUGGAAACGGACGUACAGUCGGAAUGUUGAGUCCCAGAAACCUCCGUGUCUCAGAUGAGUGGUACACCCGGUUCAGAGUGGCCUGGGACCCGGUGCUGGCUCCUGUCCAGGGAUACAGGCUGAUCUACUCUCCUGUUGGCACAGACCGGUCCACUGAUUUCUUUGUGGGCGAUGUGACAUCUUACACUCUGCACAACCUGCAGCCUGGAACCACCUAUGAUGUCGAAGUGAUUGCUCAGUACACCAGCGGCAUGAGUGCACCGCUCGAUGGACAGGGAACCACACUCUUCCUCAACGUGACCAACGUCGAGACCUACAACAUCGGCCACGACAAGUUCUGCAUCAAAUGGAGUCCUCACAGGGCGGCUACAUCAUACCGCAUCAAACUCAACCCUGCAGACCCUUCCAGUAAAGGACAGCGUGAAAUCACGAUUCCCGCUGGGCUGCCUCAGUACUGCUUCGACGGACUCUCUCCCGAUGCUCGGUACACUGCCACCGUGUUCGUCCAGACCCCAAAUCUGGAAGGACCAGGAGUCAACGUCAAUGAGAAAACAUUGGUGAAGCCAACUCCGGCCCCAACGCUCCCACCAACCCCAACACCUCCACCCACCGUCCCCCCUGCAUGGGAAGUUUGCAAAGGUGCCAAAGCAGAUGUGGUGUUCCUCAUUGACGGCUCCUGGAGUAUCGGAGAGGAGAGCUUCACCAAAGUCAUACACUUUGUCUCCAGCGUGAUCGCCGCCUUUGAUGUCAUGGGACCCUCAGGAAUGCAGGUGUCAUUCGUGCAGUACAGCGACAAUGCGAAAACAGAGUUCAAGCUGAAUGCUUACGAAGACAAAGGUGUCGCCAUGUCUGCGCUUCAUUACAUUCGCUACAGAGGAGGAAACACCAAGACAGGAGAGGCACUGAAACACACCCUUGAAAAGGCCUUUUCUUCAGAAAAUGGAAUGAGGAGAAAUGUCCCCAAGGUGAUUGUAGCGAUCACAGAUGGGCGAUCUCAGGACGAGGUGAAGAAGAGCGCCACCAAGCUGCAGCACGCAGGUUAUAGUGUUUUUGCCAUUGGUGUUGCUGAUGUGGACUUCGUGGAGUUGCAGCAGAUUGGCAGCAAACCCAGCGACAGGCACGUCUUUGUCGUGGACGACUUCGAUGCUUUCAACACCAUCAAAGAAAACCUGAUUACCUUCCUUUGUGAAACGGCAUCUUCAUCGUGUCCCUUGAUUUUCCUGAAUGGGUUUACUUCACCUGGCUUCAGGAUGCUCGAGGCCUUCAACCUGACGGAAAAGACCUACAGCCACAUUAAAGGAGUCUCUAUGGAGCCCGGCUCCUUCAACAGUUACACAUCAUACAGACUCCACAAAGACGCCUUCCUGACUCAGCCCACCACCGACAUCCACCCCCACGGUCUUCCCCACACCUACACCAUCAUUCUGAUGUUCCGUCUCCUCCCUGAUUCGCCUACAGAGGCCUUCGACAUCUGGCAGGUGUCAAGCAAAGACCAUAAGCCAGAGACCGGCGUCACUAUUGACUCCUCCAGCCAGACCGUGGCGUUCUACAACAAAGACGAGCGUGGCGAGAUUCAGAGGGUCACAUUCGACAACAGUGAAGUGAAGAAGAUCUUCCAUGGAAGCUUCCAUAAGCUCCAUAUCCUGGUUUCAUCCACCAGCGUCAAACUCAACAUCGACUGCCAAGAAGUGGAUGAAAAAGAAAUCAAGGCCACUGGAAACGCGUCCAGCGAUGGCUACCAGGUUCUGGGCAAGAUGUCCAAGUCCAUCGGCUCCAGAGGACAGUCAGCAACUUUCCAGCUCCAGAUGUUCGACAUUGUCUGCAGCUUGGCCUGGACCAGCAGGGACAGAUGCUGUGACCUCCCCUCUAUGAGAGACGAGCUGAAGUGUCCGGCUCUUCCCAACUCUUGCACCUGCGUGUCAGAGACCAAUGGGCAGCCGGGGCCUCAUGGACCAGUGGGUGCCCCCGGCAUCAAAGGUCCUCGAGGUGAAAGAGGAGAGCCCGGUCCUGCUGGACCGGUCGGCCCACGGGGAGAAGACGGACCACCGGGGCCCAUGGGUCUGCCCGGCCCUCAAGGACCCAGCGGGCUGUCAAUUUCAGGAGAGGCUGGCCGCCCUGGACCAAAGGGAGACCCCGGUGACUCAGGCUUACCUGGACAGAAAGGUUUACCUGGUCCUCCCGGUAACGUUGGCCCGAUCGGACCAGCUGGAGUGAGGGGCCCUCAAGGAAAGGAUGGACCGGCUGGACCCAGAGGCCCCGCAGGCCCCAUGGGACCUCCAGGAUCUCCUGGAAUAGCAGGUCCUGCAGGAAAACCUGGAAAUCCUGGAAACUCUGGUCCUCCUGGUGGUGUCGGUCCCAAAGGAGACAAGGGGGAGAGAGGCGACUUUGCUCCUCAGAACAUGAUGCGAUCCAUCGCCAGACAAGUUUGUGAACAGCUAGUAAACUCCCAAAUGAGUCGUGUCAGCUCGUUACUGAACCAGAUCCCCAAUGGCAUGUCUCGCAACAAUAACCCAGGGCCCCCGGGGCCUCCCGGAACACCCGGCAAUCAGGGACCCCGCGGAGAACCGGGCUCCACAGGAAGGAAUGGUUUCCCUGGAAGUCCAGGUUCACCCGGCCCACAGGGGGAGAGAGGUCCAGCAGGACAGAAAGGUGACCGAGGACCAUCAGGAGUGGGAGCCAAAGGACCACAAGGGCCUCCAGGUCCACCAGGACAGAGCAGAACAGGACCUCCAGGCCCUCCAGGCUCCACUGGGGCCCGCGGCCCCCCUGGACGUCCAGGCUACGCUGGAGUCCGUGGGCCUCCUGGGCCUCCUGGAUACUGCGACUCUUCUCAGUGUGUCGGUAUCCCUUACAACGGGCAAGGAUACGCAGGUACGUAG